UGCAACGAAAUUUUUCCAACGAAACGUCAGCCACGGGGGCGGGGAAGGGCGAUCGGCAAACCCGUUUCAGGCUACAGCUGUAGUUCAGAACGUAGACUCUCCGAGCGCGGUCGCUUCACCCGCGACGUCGAGAUCGGAUCGUUUUCAAAAAUCGAAUCAACAGUAACUGUUUGUAUGUAAUGUCCGUGUUUUUCGUUUUAUAGUGUUGAUUAAAAUUUAUCAAGUCCGGACUUUAUUUUUUGCGAACCAGAGAGUCUACAAGUUUGUUACCACAAUCACAACGCUAUAAAAGGUGUUGACACGACAUCGUGAAUACUGAUCACCGAAAUAUGUCCUGAUUACGACUGAUCUUCUCUUAUCGACAAACAAAAACCACACACGCAACAUGCCAAAGACAACGAGAUAGCUCAAAAUGGCGGCUCAAGACAAAGAGUGGGUGGAAUUAUUCGGGGACUUCAACCGAACCAAGGGUCCUCCAGAUGUUCCAGAUGUGCCUAAACUGAAUUACAGCGAUUAUGACAACCAAUCAUACAUACCUCUCGAAUAUUCCAACUUCACAACGGAUGAUUACUGCUCCUCAAACUAUUCCCACUGGUAUUUGAAUGUAACCUGCGAAUUCCCUAUAAAUUACGCCGAACCCAUGUACGGUUACAUCGCCCCAUUCCUCCUGGCGACCACCACAGUGGCCAAUACCCUCAUCGUGGUGGUACUAUCUCGUAGACACAUGCGGACACCCACCAACGUGGUACUAAUGGCGAUGGCACUAUGCGACAUGUUCACCAUGCUCUUUCCGGCACCAUGGCUUUUCUAUAUGUACACGUUUGGGAACCACUACAAGCCGUUGAGUCCAGUAAGGGCAUGUCAAGCAUGGAACUAUAUGAAUGAGGUGAUUCCAGCUAUGUUCCACACGGCAAGUAUAUGGUUGACACUGGCGCUAGCUGUCCAGAGGUACAUAUAUGUAUGCCAUGCGCCCGUCGCUAGAACCUGGUGUACGAUGCCGCGUGUAAUGAAAUGCCUCAUCUACAUCGGCAUAGCGGCUUUCCUCCACCAGCUGCCCAGAUUCUUCGACCGGCAGUACAUACCACAUGUGACUGUGUGGCGCGGCCAUUUGGAAGAAGUCUGUCGGAUGGAAAUGUCGCCAUGGGUUCAAACACUAUCAAUGGACGCGUACUUCAUCACCUAUUUUGGCUUCAGAGUUCUAUUCGUCCACCUAAUACCCUGCACCUCCCUAGUCGUCCUCAACGUCCUACUGUUCAGAGCUAUGAGAACAGCCCAAAUAAACCGGCAGAAACUCUUCAAGGAAAACCGAAAGUCUGAAUGCAAAAAGUUAAGAGAUUCCAAUUGUACAACACUAAUGUUGAUUGUUGUAGUUACCGUUUUCCUUUUGGUAGAAAUACCGGUAGCCGUAGUAACUAUCUUACACAUAAUAUCGAGUACAAUAGUCGAGAUUUUAGACUACCAUAUCGCCAAUAUAUUAAUAUUAAUCACCAAUUUCUUCAUUAUAGUCUCCUACCCAAUAAAUUUUGCUAUAUACUGCGGCAUGUCGAGGCAGUUUCGGGAGACAUUCAAAGAGUUAUUCAUUAGGGGCGCAGUCACUAGUAGGAAAAAUGGCGGAUCUAGCAGAUAUUCACUUGUGAACGGACCUAGGACGUGCACGAACGAAACUGUACUAUAAACUAUGUUGUAUUGUAAAUAAUUACAAUUAAUGUAUAUUGUAAGUUAUAUAUAUAUAUUAUAUAUAUAAUAUUCGUCUAUUUAUAUAAAUGUAGACAUAUCAAUAUAUUUGAUAUUUACAUUUUGCAACAAGGCGGACUGCCUUUGCACAAAUUUUUACAUGUAAAAAAACGAAUUGUAAUAUUAAUUACACUAAAGUUAUAUUGUUUAUUGCUUCCGUUGUCGUUCUCAAUAUAUUUUAUAAUGAUUUCGGUACUUUUUCGUGGCUGUGCGGUUACCUGAUCAUCGUGUUAUAUUAUACUUAUAUAUGUUGUAAGUUAGUUAUAUAAUUUAUAUUUCUAAUUGAUUAGCUGAUCACACGGCCUAUAAAUGGUGAGCCCCCAUUUAGGAAAAGUAUCAUUUUUUUUAUAAAAUUUUUAUUUUUGUAUUUUGUAAAUAUAUUAAUUAUUGCUUAGUGUACAUUUUGUGUUAUCAAUGUGUGUAGAGCUUUUACAUAUAUAA